UUUUGUUCACAAGCUGUUUUAAUGACAACUACGUUUUACCUCUAUAAGAAAAAAAAGCUUACAACAGAGUUUUAGUUUCAUUCAAUUUUUUUGUAUUUCUAAGGGAGUUGAGUUGAGAUAGCUAUUGCCAAUUAAUUAAUUUCUUCACAUACCGUUUGAAGCGUCGCAGUACAAGAACCAGUUACUCUGUUAACUUCGUUUUGAAAAGACAAAUUAAGUGCCAUUUCAAGUAAAACAGUCGACAAACUAAGACUACUUUGAGUUGACAACAUUUAUAAACUAUUAAUCCUGAAAAUUUUAAAAGAACGCUUCAUCAAAUUGAAAGGGAUUCAACACGGACAUCAAGUAUGGACUACAAGGUAAACUAUAUGCUGUUUUCCUUCAAUUAUAUGCUGAAGGGUUUUUGAGAUUAUUCACUCGUGUGUGUUCAUGUUGCUCGCACGUUGAGAUUUCCAAAAGACUUCCAUUUGUGGGGCAAAUCACGCUGGAUUCAACAGCAAAGGCAAUAUCGCGUAAACAGGUUAUUAAAUUCCAUUAGUCGGUCUUAUUUUCAAGGCAGUUCAUUGUGAUUAAGGAGUUCGAUUUGAGAACAAAAGAAAUCAAGGAAUGGGAUUAAGGCGGUUUUGUCUGGAGAAAUGAGCGUAAGUGAGCGACGCUUUCCAAUCUCGAAAAGACGAAAGCAGCUUAUUUUAAAGGAGAUUCCAAACUGCACUGUUAAUUCUAUUUUUUUUAUCUUUGUUUCCAUUUCUACCUAGGAGCCAUGUCAUGGUCUAUUUUGAGUAAUGCUUUUUUUUUUUCUUUUUUUAUAAGGGUUAAAAAGUGAAGGAAGUACGUAAUAAUGAAACAAAAAGGAACAAGAAUAGUGUUUAUGACGGAGAUGGACUACAAAUGACAAAAUUGAAAUAUUUAGUGCACAUUUCUCUGGAGGCGCCAUCCGUGACACAUCGCCGAGACACAUCAAUUUCUUGGUUGGGACAUCCAAAGACCACGAGAACAAUAAGCAUCGAUUUGUAGGCUAAUUAGCGUGGGAAGCCACUACUGAAAAAUUUACUAAACUGCACACAAAAGGACCAUCAACAAAACUAACGAGGAUUGUGUAUGCAGUUUGAAUCAAAAUUAUUCAGGGGGCAGAGUUAUCUGGCCUUUUACUUCAAGAAUUCAGCAGCAAUAACAAAUUCAACCGAGAUUUUUCUGUCCAAUCGUAGACCGCCAGAAUCACGCUAGAAAGCAGAGGCAAUAUCACUCGGAGAAAUGGGAACAAGCUUGAGUACACAUGGCGCAAUAACGCUAAGACUGAAGAAAAGAGACAUAACUACUCAAGCUGCGCCUGAAGAAACUAACAAAGAAAUCGAUCGAGAAGUUUCCAGUUCAGGGGAAAGCGGAGUACAAAAUUCCUCCGGUCACGGGAAAAGUCACUCUCCAAAUAAACACCGUCGAAUCGUUCUCAACGUGUCCGGAUUCCGAUAUAUGACUUACUUGCAAACGUUGGAAAGAUUCCCUACGACUCUCCUAGGAAAUAGAGAGAAAAGGCAACAAUUUUACGACGAGGAGCGAAAUGAGUAUUUCUUUGAUCGAAACAUUCAAGUGUUUGAAUUAAUUUUGUAUUUCUAUCAAUCAAAUGGUCGAUUGGUCUGCCCGCCGGAGCUGGCUCCAGAGAUUCUACUGGAGGAGGUCGAGUUUUUCCAGCUUGGAGAGCUCGCUAUAAAUGCUGUCAAGGAUAUCCUGAACGAAGAUGAACCUCCCGAUAAACCAGUGAUAAUGCCAGAGAAAAAAGCACAGAAGUUUAUAUGGAGAUUAUUUGAAUAUCCUGAUUCGAGCAAAGCAGCGCGUGUGUUAGCAUUGCUGUCUGUUUCAGUAAUAGUGGCAUCUAUAGUCGUUCUGUGCAUAGAAACUCUUCCCCAGUUUAUCGUUCUACCAGAGGAUGACAUUCAUAUAAAUGACACCGCCAAGAUGCAAGAAAUUCGCGAACACAACGACCUAGCGUCAAGGGUGAAAAACGUGUUUGGACAGCUUGAAAUUGCAUUCAUAAGCUGGUUUACCUUUGAAUAUCUUGUGCGAUUGAUGUCUAGUCCGCAGAAAUGGCUGUUCGUUCGUUCUUUCCUAAAUGUAAUUGAUUUACUCGCUAUAUUACCGUUUUAUGUGGAACUAGGGCUCAAGAACAGCAGCGAGCAGAAUUUCUCGCUGGCGUUUCUCCGAAUUCUAAGACUGGUGCGAGUGUUUCGUAUUUUUAAGCUCUCGCGACACUCUAGCGGGCUACAAAUUCUCGGACUAACGUUGAGGAAGAGUUUGCGCGAACUCGGCCUUCUGAUUUUUUUCUUGGCAAUUGGCGUGGUCAUUUUCUCCAGCAUGGUUUAUUACGCAGAAAAUGGCGACGAAGAAACCUUAUUCACAAGUAUCCCGGAUGCCUUCUGGUGGGCUCUAGUUACUAUGACAACGGUGGGCUACGGAGAUAUGUAUCCCAAGACACUUUGGGGUAAGCUUGUUGGGUCCGGUUGCGCUCUGUGCGGCGUACUAGCGAUUGCUCUGCCUGUGCCAGUCAUUGUCUCCAAUUUUGAUGCGAUUUACAAAAAGUACCGAAGCAGGAAGCUGAAGCAGCAAGGCUUACAAGACGCAGAAUACGACAAGUUGAGAAAACUGAGUGUCAUGUUUGGUUCUAGGAAGACGUCUGAAGCUGUAAUGAGCAAUGACUCCCAGAAUUCUCGAGAAAUCGAGCUUAAGUUACUGAAUGGAAAGGAUGUUGACAUUAGUGAUGAUAAUAAGAACGGAAAUGUUCUCCAAAGAGAAGAAGAGAAGGAGGAAGUCUCAGAGAGCUCGUGGCACCAAAGCUUGACAAAUGGAAACAAGAAGAUGAAAGACCUCGAAGGAGAGGCGGAGAAUCCUUCCGAGUUCCUAUCACUGCUUGAAGAUGACGAGUCGUCUUUCUCUAAGCUAGAUCAAACAAAUGUUUGAAAACGAGCUCAAGAUGAAAGUUAGCUUCAUUUUUCUCGUAAAUUCACUUUGUCGGAGAAUAUUAUUCCGAAGCGUUCUCUGUAUGAAUGGGGAGUACAAACAUUUUAAACAUCUACGAGUCUUCGCUGGCUUCCGCGGGCUUUUUAAAACACAAACAACAAUAACAACAACAACAACGACAAAAACGACAAAAACAACGACAAAAACAACUACUACGACUACAAAAGUAACACGACCGUGUCAACACCAAACUAAAGGACAGUUUCUAUGUUGACCUGGACAUCUAUAGUAUAGUUUUCCAGAAAAGGACAAUUUUGCACUACACUAACAUUGACAUUGCAGGCAAGCUAUUAUGUUUUUCGGUGAAAAAACAAUCAAUGAUAGUAUUUUUUUUUUGUGUGAAAACAAAAUUGCAGUUGUUAUUGAAAUCUCCAUGUUAUCUGGAAAUCUAAACAAACAGCCAAUGAAGAGUGUUCUACAAAAAGAGUAGUUUUGAAACGUGAUAAAAUAGUAUUUUUCUAUUUAUAUAUGACGCCUCGUUUUCUAUUCCAGCAAGAAUUUUGUAAAAUAAUUUAGCUCGCAGCACGAGGAAAUAAGAAUGUUUGACUUGACUGGUUUAAUUCCUUCUCUCCAUUUGGUGAAUAGGGCCAUUAGCAGUAGUGUGGAUAAUUUGCUUUCCAUGUAGUAUUACUAGGCGAUAAUUACUUGAAUUAGAGCUCUGGGUAAACUUUAGGUUUGGAACAGUUUUCAUUGCACAACGUUUGAAAAUUAAUGACCAUAAUUUGCAGCAACGGGGAGUGCAAUGCAAACGUCAAAUUUUUGUAACUGCGGGUGGUCAUUCUGAUGUAACAUUAAUUUAUGGAGUAUUUUGUAGCACAAGAACCGAAGAACACUAUUUUCUGAAUUGCGGAAUUUGAGUCUCGUAAUAAAAUGUCAGUUUUGAUA